AUGCCAGGUGUCCUAACGGAAACCCUCGCCGUCAACGACGGCCCUCUUACCUCCGAAAACGCUGCCCUCCUUCGCCCCUCAGACCCCAGUCUCCCCAUUGAAGAGCUUCGAGCACGCUACGAAGCAGAUGGAUAUCUUUUCCUCAAGGGUCUGCUCCCCCGUGACGACGUCCUCGAGACUCGCCGCCAGUACUUCUCCUACUUAUCCCCAACCGGCGUCCUCAAGGAAGGCACCGACCCUGUGGAAGGUAUCUUCAACCCAACCAAGAACCCCGAGCACUACCCAGGGAUCGGCGCAGGUGCUGUUGGCGGGAACGGGCGGCCGGGAGGGGCGGACGCUGAUGAGUUCGUGGACAGGGCUGUAGAGGCGCACUACAAGGACUGGUAUGUUGAGAAGCUGUGUCAUCAUCCGGUGCUGUAUGACUUUGUGGCGAGGUUCAGUGGGUGGGGAAAGAAUACGUUGACGUUCCAGCGCACACUCUUGAGGAAUAACACGCCUGGGACAAAGCCCAUUGGUGUCCAUUAUGAUCAGAUUUUUUUGAGGCAUGGGGAACCUACGAGCGUGACAGCUUGGGUGCCCAUUGGGGACGUGAAGUUGAAUGGCGGUGGACUGAUCUAUCUCGAAGACGGUGACCCCGUCGGUCUCAUGAUCGAAGAAGAGUUCACAACAAAAGCCAUAAAUGCCGGCUUGACACAGGAGGAAGCCCGCUCGGCAUUCAAUUCGAAUAUGAUGGCGACGGGCUUGCUAUCCGAAUUCCCAGUUGAGUUCGCAAAGCAGCAUAACCGGCGCUGGCUGGUCUCUGCCUAUGAAGCCGGAGAUGUUGUCUUGCACAAGCCUCAUGCAAUCCAUGCAUCGACCAUCAAUAAAGACCCCGAGGGUGUUAUCCGCUUAGCUACGGAUCUGCGCUUCUGUGACUCAUCGAAGCCUUAUGAUAAGAGAUGGAUGAAUCCGUAUCGGUUUGGGGACGGUGUCUAAGUGAAGGACUACAUAGUCAGCUUGUAGGACAUAAGCCAGGCUUACUGCAGAAUGUCAGGCUUGCAUUGUGAUUAAUAUGAGUCAUCUUAUUGGCGAUUCCUUUGUCUUAUACUCUGGAGGACAAACCGUCGAACCUCAGAUUGUAUCCAAGAAACUCGGCGACCAUGAUGAAAAUUGAGAAGUUUGUCUGACC